AUGCUGUUAGGAGCGGACACCGCAGCACAAUUGUUCACUGAAAGAACUGAACAUUUUGCGGGGGAUUACGUAGCUUUUGAGAUCAAACAUAACCGAGUUGUUUUUGGACUCACAUCAAGUCCGUUUCUGCUAGCCGAUACACUUAGUCACCUUUUGACUACAGUCCCAGAAAAGUUUGUAGAAACUUCUAAUAUUUUGAAGGAUUCAUUUUACCUCGAUAAUUCGUUAAUUAGCUUGAAUCAAGUAGCUGAAGCUGAAAAUUUCGUUCAAGAAGCAAGAUUGAUUUUGCCUUCAGGGCAUUUCAAUUUGAGAUGUUGGCGAUCAAAUUUUCGCAUUGACGUGAUCGAUGAGAUAGAGAAUAAGACGAAAGUUGUCCCAGUAUUAGGCUUAGUAUGGGAUUUAGAAAAAGAUUGUUUGAGUUGCAAAUUCGAAGAAACAUUUAACUUGAGGGAACCUAUUACCAAAAGAAAAGUUUUGUCAAUUACCCAGAAAAUUUUUGAUCCCAUUGGCUUUACUGCACCGAUAACUGCAAUUCCUAAACUAAUUUUGCAAGAAACCUGGAACCAGAAGAUUAAGUGGGAUGAAGAGCUUCCUCUUCACCUAAGUGAGCAGUUUGGGACUUGGUUGAACCAAUUGCCUCUGCUAUCUCAGAUUGAAAUUCCUCGUUGGUUAAAUAUUGAUUACAAAAAUGAAGAUACCGUAGUGCUCCACAUUUUUUCGGAUGCUAGUAAAAGAGCCUAUGCCACAUGUGCAUUUUUAAGAGCUGAAACCAUCGAAGGUGUAAAAGCUCAGUUAGUAAGCGCGAGAAGUCGAACAGCCCCUAUUAAGGAACUUACGAUUCCAUGA